UUAUUGUGGGGGUCAUGUCGGACCGCACGCCGCCCGCCCGGUCAAUCCCGAUCCGCACUGAGCCGUCCGCUCGUCUACCCUGGAGGUGCCAAAACUGUCGCUGGCACGCGCGAUUCAGUCAGACACAUGGAAAAUCGGCCGGGUUGAUCGAUGGGGAGAACAGUGCUGAGAUCGGAGCAACAGUGGCGCGGCCGGGCUACGGGCAGUACAAUCAUGGAGCGUUCCUUCCCAUGCAAGCGAGAGUAUGAUCGGGCACGGGCAGGGAGUGAAUGCGUCGGGGACAAGCUCCUCCACCCCUGUCGAGUGUCGAGUCCAACGAGAAGGACGAGGCCUCUUUCCGGGAAGCUUCCGGGCGGCAGCGGCGGGACACAGCGGCGUGCCGUGCCAUCACGCACCAUUACGACGCGCAAGCAGCGGCCUCGCUCUCAUCAGCUGACCCACCACGCCUCGCCUUGUUGCCAUCGCCGCUGCCCAAAGUCCGAAGAGAACCCGGCAGCGUUUUGCCUUCUACUUCUUCUCUUCCGCUGGCUUCCACAGACGUCCAUCGACAUGAUCGUCGCGAUCACGCCGUGCGGGUGCUGGACACGACACGGGGCCGAUCGAUCGGCCGGUUUCGCUGGCUCCGGCGUCGUCGAGCGCCGGGGAUUUGGGUUGGAACUGAGCGGAGACGUCGUUUGGUGCAUAUGCAUGCACGUGACAGGGAUGAAGGAGGCCGCCGCUGGCAGGCUCUGAGCCUCGCGGCUCGCGUGCGGUGCGUGCUCCUGUCGCCACCUAGACAGUGAUCGAUCGUGAUCUCUCCUUACACAUGCAUGCAUAUCCCCAGAUGCUCGGUAGGACUGGUACUAUCAGUGUAUUAAACCUGAGGAUGGUUUGAAAACCGCACCAUACCUCAACUGAACCCACACGAAAAUUUCUGUCAACCCAACCACAGCUAAACCCGUUUAGAAAAUUAUCAACCCAACUAAAACCAAACCCACCCGAUCUUUCCAGUUUCCACCAAACUGAACUAAACCGAGUGCCCAUCUAUGGGUUAAAACCAUUUUCUAAAGUGGGUUGAAAACUGUUUGCUCUAAUGGUUCAACACAUCAGCUUGCAAGGUACAGUAGCAUCAGGAGGUUAAGGAAGAUGGGCACCCGCAAGGUCCUGUUCGAAUUCAUACCUGACAAGCUGCCAUAGAACCUCGUCAUCGUGCCCGCCGUCUAGUCAUCAAUGGCGAGCCCACCUCCUCACCCACUGCAGAACAUAGGAGCAGUAGAGGAGCAGAGUGAUAGCACGGUGGCAAAAGCUAUGACGGCAAAGCAGCAGCAAGUGGCGAUGCCUCUAAAUAAGAAUCAGGCGGCUGCUGCCACGGACGGACAGAGCCCAGACGGCCGUCAGUACUCCAUGCGCUCCGGUAUGUGUCCACCGACACCUCCGGUAGCUCCGGUCUCGACGCACAGAACACAUGAAGCAAACCAAGGAAACAAGCGAAGAUGCAGCGCGAGGGAUGGCAGCGAGGGUGGGUGCGCGUGUACGACCGCGCGUCGCGCCGUGCACAUCGUGGACAGCCCGGUGGUGGCCAACGGUGGGUUCAUCCAGGCGCCGGGGAAACCGACCAACCAGUCCAAGUCUGGCGGCCUCCGUGACCUCUGCAGGGACGCCGUCGUUCAAGAGGAGGAGCCGUAACUCCAUUCACCGAGAGCGACGUAGAAGCCUUCCAGUGGCUCCGGCCCCGCGCCGAACCUGGCAGCCGACAGGUCCCAGAAGAUGUCGACCUUGCCGACGUCAACGUCGAUGCUCUUGGAGCCCUUCUUCUUGGAGAAGAGCCAUGGCUUGAUGUCCGCCUUGUAGAGGCUCUGACGCCGAUGCUGAGGCCCUGCCCCAUGAGACUCUUGCUCCAGAUGACCGAGAUGACGCGGGGCCAGCCGACGAACUGCGUCCGGUAAAGGCAGGUGACCAGGUUCUGCGCAGCGCCCUUGCCAGCACUGCUCGAGGAUGCCGCCCUGUUCGCGAUCUGGAUGUGAAGUCCCUCAUGGCUCGCUCGUGCUUUGCUUUUCAGCAAACACCUUGCGCGCAACCCGGCACCAACCAUGUCCGCUGUUACGGA